AUGCGCGACUUGUUAUUCUUCUUCUUCCUCUUCCUCUUCUUCUUCUUCCUCUUACUUCCUUCUUCUUCUUCUUCUUCUUCUUCUUCUUCUUCUUCUUCUUCUUCCAUGUCUUCUUCUUCCGUUUCCUUUUCCUAUUCUUCUUUUUCCAUUUCUUCUUCUUCGGCUUCUUCUUCUUCAUUUUAUUCAUCUUCUUCAUCUCUCUUCUUCUUCCUCUUCUCCUUCUUCUUUUUCUUCUUCCUCAUCUUCCUCUUCUUCUUUUUCUUCUUCUUUUUGCAGGUCAUGUUUUUCAAGAAUGACAAGCACAAAAAUGAUGUUCACCUUCGAGACAGACAUUAUUAUUACUCUCUCUCUCUCUCUCUCUCUCUCUCUCUCUCUCUCUCUCUCUCUCUCUCUCUUCGUGGCUAUUACAUUUUGUGGAGAGUUGAUUAUUCGAAAGCAAAUAUCAGCAUUGGGGACAUCUAUCUAUCUAUCUAUCUAUCUAUCUAUCUAUCUAUCUAUCUAUCUCAUCCUUUUCAUAACUAUCCAUCUAUCUCAGCAUCUAUCUAUCUAUCUAUCUAUCUAUCUAUCUAUCUAAAAUUCUCGACAAUGACAAUGAAACCCUUUACCAUUUUUCAUUAUCAAAAUUUCAUUUCUUUCCCUUCUUUUCUUCCUUUUCCUUGCAUCCCUAAAUGGUGUCACAAUUUAUUAUUUUUUGAUUUUAUGAUUUAUCGAGUUGCCCUCUUUAGGAGUGGAAUUCGAUCUUGUCCUCCUGUUUGUCUUCCUGCUUGUCCUUGCUUAUCGUCCUGUUUGCCUUCCUGCUUGUCCUUCUGUUUAUCCUCCUGCUUGUCGUUGCUUGUCCUCCUGCUUGUCCUCCUGUUUGUCCUCCUGCUUGUUCCCCUGUUUGUCCUCCUGCUUGGCCUUGCUUGUCCUCCUGAUUCUCCUCUUGUUUGUCCUCCUGCUUGCUCUCCUGCUUGUCCUUGCUUGUCCUUCUGCUUGUCCUUGCUUGUCCUCCUGCUUCUCCUCCUGCUUGUCGUUGCUUGUCCUCCCGCUUGUCUUCCUGCUUGUCCUCCUGCUUGA